UUUUUUAAUACUUCCUCUUUUGUUUUCUUUUUAUAUAUAUAUAUAUAUAAUAAAUUCAUUCUUUGAUAUUCAUGGCUGACGAAAGUAGAGAAAACUUACUUGCUGGAGCGGCUACUAUAUCUGCAGAUACAGACCUUGAAAGUGGACAAACGCGACCUCUACCUCAACAACAACAACAACAACAACCUACUACCAAUGCUGUUAGAGAUUAUUUUGAACAAUCAAGUCAUCCUAUAGCUGCCUUUUUUUUCCUGGUGUUUCGAUUAGGUGCACUUCUCAUGUAUUUACUAGGUUCCAUUUUUACAGACAACUUUACUUUGGUUUUUGUUAUUACCAUUCUACUACUUGCUUUUGACUUUUGGACAGUAAAAAAUGUCUCUGGGCGUUUACUUGUGGGUCUUCGUUGGUGGAACGAGAUUCAAGAAGAUGGUUCUAACAAGUGGGUAUUUGAAAGUGCCAAUCCGAAUCGACAUAUCAAUGCUGCGGAUUCUCGUUUAUUCUGGACAGUAUUGUAUGGUACACCUGUUCUAUGGGUUUUGUUUGCGUUAACUUGUAUAUUCACUUUCAAGGUGUCUUGGUUAGUUAUUGUGGUAGUAGCUAUCAUCUUGAAUAUGGCCAAUGUUGUAGGUUAUACUCAAUGUGACAAGGAUGCAAAACGAAAAUGGGCAACUGGUAUGGCUGCUCAAUCUGCUCUUGGUACUUUGACUGGUAGUGCUGGAUUCGUUGGAAAAGCUGUUACUUCAGGUCUUGGCAAGUUCUUGUCUUCUCGAUAAAAAAAAAAAAAAAUAGAAUCACUAGCUUGUCCUGUUACAUUAUUAUUCCUCUCGAUCUCUACUUUCCCUCCAUGUCUCUCAUACUUUAUUCUUUGUAUAGUUUUCCUUUCCUUUCCUUUAUUCCCCCCUCCCUACUUUUACUCACCCACUUACCUUCAAAUUUUUAUCUUAUGUAGUCUCCUUCCCUUAUUUUUAUUUUUAUCAAUAAACCUUUGGGAAAUUAAGGAUGUAUU